CAGCCAAGUCAAGUCCUCAGAGAAACAGCUGUCAACAUCAGCCGAGGCCAGAACCGUCUUCAUGGUAGACAGUGACAGAGACCGUGGCAUUGAAGAAAAGACAGGAGGCAGAGUUGAAGAUGUUGAGGUUCUCUUUGGGUGUGACGAGGAAGGAUAGGAUCAAGAAUGAGUCCAUCAGAGGUAAAGCAGUACAAUGCAGCGUGUGUUAGCAGCGUGUGAGCCGCUGGGUGCUCUCGUACCUGGGCCCCGCCCACUGGAGGGAAAGUCCUUCUACUUGGAUGAGGUGAAGAGCCAGACAAGCGGCUUCCUUACCAAACUCAUCACCCGUCUGGGGGGGAAAGUGGAGAGUUUCCUUUAUAAGGAUGUGAACGUAGUCAUCACAGGAAACAAGGACGCUCUGAGAGACAUCAAGGCCUCAUCCAGAAAGGUCAAAGGUCACGAUUCUCACGAACACAGAGGGAGCGGGAACGAUGCGGCUCAGAGACCGAGAGCGCCGGUCUGUGGCAGCCGAGGAAAAGCGCUGUUAGAGAAAGCCAUCCGCAAUAACGAGCAGUCACGGGGUGGUGUGUUGUCCAGUGCUGCACGCUACUGGGGGGCAAAGGUUGUUUCCGUGGACCAGUUUAUGAAGGUUGUAGAAAAGCUAAGCUCACACCGCUCCACUCACACAUACCGCAGGAAAGAGGAGAAGAAUUCAAGUGAAUUUCCAACUGUGCAUGUCAUCAAAGCUGGCAGUCUAAAGGUGGGCUUCGUGAAAGUGGAGGACUCGAGCAGGAAGUACAGGCCGCUGCAUGUCCAGUCACUGGACUUCCCCAUGCUGAGCUACACGAGAAGAUUCAGUCCGUUUGAGAAUCCCGCCCCAGUGCACUCUGGGAAGACGAAAGAAGGCGAGCUCAGCAAAGACAAAUUCAGGAAAAGUGAAGAGCCGAUCAGCAGUGGCGAUAAGCCCGCGCGUUCUCCUAAAAUGUGUCCCAAAAAGAAGAGCCUGGGGUACUGCGAGUGCUGUCAGGUGAAGUACAGCGAUCAGGAUGAGCACUUGCGGUCGGAUCUUCACCGGCGCUUUGCAGAGGACGUUAAUAACUACACUGUUGUGGAUCGUCUGGUUGCCGCCAUGGACAAGGCUUUGUUGGGAUGUGAAGCUGGGCGGGUCGAUGCCCUGAUGACGAGGUUGUCAAGCAGCUACGUAGCCCCGCCUCCUGAAACAGAGCAACAGUGUAAGGGCGAAACAGAAACCGGUCAGGCGAAUCAAGAGUCGGGACCUGCGGGCGCUGUAGACAUCCAACAAGAACGUGUCUGUCAAUCUAAGGUUCUUCUUCAGGAACCUGGUGUAGAUGAAAGUAAAGUCACGGAAGGAAAAUUUAACACGACAUCAAACGAUAAAACACGCGUUCCCAGUCCUCACCCACAGAAGGAUUUUAUUUUAGACACUCAGCCACUAGAGAACGAUCCACCUUCUCCGGAAGUGAUUUCAGACGAUUAUGAAGCCAGGACUCAGCUUGUAGAACUUCCUCUGAGACCUUUACCUCACUUAGAAACGUCUCAAAACGAGGAAAGAAGCUCAUCAGCCCGUUUAAAAAGUCCUGAUCAGGAUACGGCGAGUGAUUUACCGCCAUGUGCACGGGCCACGGAGGGGGAACAGAUACCCUUUGUAGAUGCUCCGUCUGGCCCUCAGGCAUUUCAUUCCCUGCCAUCUGGGUCACUGACCAUGAACAUGUCAGAUGGUGUGAACCCCAAGAAGCGCAGCAGAUCCUUCAGCCUCACUCCAAAGGUGUCUAAAGUGAGGCGAACUAACCUGCGGUCUGAUCCGACCAAUCAGAGCAGCAGUGUUAACGUCUGCUUUGAUCGUGUAGAGAAACGCAUCGGAGAGACGACCGCCGUAACCGAACACACACUCGACGCUGCAGAGCCGCGCCCCGAUCCGAACAGUCCCUUUGGCACCGUGGAUCCCCCGGAGGACCGGCUGUCUUUUCCUAGUGAUCGGCAGCCUGUCCCGGUCCCCCAGAACCCAGACGACGCAGCUCGUGAUGUUUCAUCAGAACUCGGGCCUCCUCAGCUCUAUCCGUUCUUUCACGAUGACGUCUACCAAAAUAACCCGCCGUACCUCGACCCUCCGAAACUCGCCCCCAGCGCCCCCUCUUCUUCUAUAAAUCAGGCGUCCAGCACUUCUCUUCUGUCUCAGUCCUUUUCCUCCGUCUGCAUCGAGUCUGCGCUCGUCCCCAAAACAUUUUCUCCUGCUUCUUCCGAGUCGGAUUGGGAUUCCGGCCUUCUGUCACGCUUGGCGCCUCCGGUUCAUCUCCAGUCCCAGGGGGGGCGCUGCGAGCUGGACUUAGGAUUGCUUCUGCAGAGUUCGUGCGGCGGGAUGCAGGACGGAAGCUACGCGUCACGACUGUGUUCCGUGCUGCAGCCCGGCACGUCUUCGACACACGGCGGUUGUGGAGAUCAGAAAGCCGUCUACAGACCGAUCGAGACGAUGGACAGGAGGAUCGUCCAGAGUCUAGGGGUGUAGCAGUGUGAUCGCAACAUGGCGAAAUAGACGAUAAAAGAGCGUUUAGGUAGCAUAGGGUGAUAGAUUUUUAUUUUUUUUUAAAAGCUAAGUAGCAGAGUGGGGUCAAGGGUCAAAGACAAUCCUGGUUUCUCACUUUUGUUGACUCGGCAUUAGACCGGACUGGACUGGGAGAACGUUCUGGAAUAACUAGCAGUCGGCUUUUUCUGCUUUAGCAGUGCAGUGAGGGCCGAGUGAUCAGAUACGGGUAUUUUUCUGGAGCCACAUGUUUCCCGGGGUGUUGUAAAAACACCACGAGGACCCAGAAACUGUCUCACCAAGAGCGCAAUAAUAAUUAUAAUAAUAAUAAUAAUAAAAACAUAUAGUAAUACUAAGCGCUUUUCUGCUAAUGAAUUUGCAGAGUCGCAGCACUUACAACGGGUUAAACUCUCCAGGUGAUUAAAUAUUUGUUUACGCUCCGCUUCAUAAGCACCAAGAGGUUCUUGACUGUUCUAGCUUGGUUUGGGUCUGGUGUAUAUACACAGUCAGGUGUGCGUGUAAUCAUGCUAGUUUGUGAAGGUGAAGAGGAGUUGGCGUUAGAGCAUCAGGCGGGUUCAGGACGACUCGCUCUCUCUCUCUCCACGUCCUCUCGUCCUUCACCAGUGCAUGAAGAAGCUUUUUGUUCUCGUCUUUUUUCAUGAACAGAGAGCGAGCGUGAGCGUCGCGUAUUUAAUGAAGUGUCUCUGCAGGGGGCGUCAGAUAAUUAGCCUGAGUGCCGCAUCUGGAUGUGUUACUACGGCGAGGGAGAUAAAGUGUCGCGUCAGCGGCGGACUCCUGGACCGAGUGGCUUCUCAUAUUCGAGGCGGAGCGAAGCGGACACUUCAGCCGAUCUGUUAUUCCAGCGUAACAGUGCGGAAAUUAUUUCCUGCAGUGUUUAUACAGACUUUUAACACUACUUUUAAUCCGUCAGUCAAAGAUGAAGGAGGCGUGUGUGAAUCUCAAAGGGCUUAGAAACACUGGGGCUAGUGGUGGAAAGUUACACGUGUGUG